UAGCCUUAGUUAAUUUAUUAGAAAGCAAUUCCUACAGCCUGCUGCAUUAGACUUUGUAUACGAAAAGCUCAGAAAUGGYUAUUGGRUUAAUCAACAAUACCCUCUUGAAGGCUGCUUCUUCCUCAGAUUAUCCCACCACGAAUGCUCUGAUACCUCUCAACAUCUUCGACAAAGCAGCCUUUGAUAUUCAUGUCCCCAUCUUGUAUGCCUUCRGAGCACCAAUGCCAUCCAAUGAAGUCCUGAAGGAUGGACUGUCCAAAGCCCUUGUCCACUAUCCCCACCUCGCCGGUCGGUACGUGACCGACGAUCAAGGCAGCACUUGCAUCACUCUAAACAACGCCGGUAUCCGCGUAAUCGAGACUUACAUACCAACAACCCUUGCCGAGCAGCUGCCCUUCACUCCGGCUUCGGACCUGGGCAAGCUCCUCCCACCUUUAGAUGGUGUUGAGGAAUUACUGCAGAUUCAGCUCAAUCGUUACGCCUGUGGUGGUGUCGUGAUAGGCUUAACUGCACACCACCGUGUUACUGAUGGCCARUCCAUUACCUUCUUCACCAUCGCAUGGGCAAGCUUGGUUCGUGGACUCGACAUUAAAACACUUCCUUAUCACGACCGAGAUGCUGUUUGUGUCCCA